AUGGAUUCAAAGACGAAAAGAAAUGGCCGAGAGACCAGAACACGAUCUCGACAAGGCUGCGCAAACUGUCGGCGAAGCAAGGUGAAAUGCGACGAGAAAAAGCCCAUUUGCACCAGAUGCUGGGAAAAGGAUCUGCAGUGCCUCAAAGACGAGGUCCGACUCAAGUGGGAGGCUGAUUUUUAUGACCGUGGAAUCGCGUUUGGCAGAUCUGGUGUCUGGAGCAAAAGUUCAGCCCAUCAAUCAGAUCUGGCCCGAUUGGGGCUCAAUAGUGUGCCUAGAUCCCCACCAGCUGGUACUACCUGGCUUGAGACACCUGAAAUCCAGCCCUGGAACUUUAUCAGCAGCGAAUAUUCAUUGGUACAGCGCCUGUACAACGAAGAGCAAAAUGAUAUCGAGCCCCAUCUCUUACCAGCCCGGGAGAGAGAGAUUCAUGCUUACUUGCAGGGCCCGGAUGCUCUAAACUCGCCAGUGUCAUUUAUCCUGCCUUUCUCGGAUCGAUUCAUCGAUGGAGCAGGGUUUGAAAAUCAGGACAUCCAUCCAUCUCUUCCAUUGUUUCCAUCUUUGAAUGAAUUGGGCAAUCCAAUAUUGUUCGACUACUACAUCAACCAGAUUUGUCCACGCACGGCGCCCAGCCCUAUCUCCAAGUCCCCGUUUGCGUCUGUGAUUCUCCCAUACUGCCUUUCGGCAACGCCUACUGUCCUAAGAGCAAUCCAGGCAGUCGCAGCCUGUCAUUGGUCUCAAUAUGACUCAAAAUACAGCAGACUGGGCUUACAGCUCAAAUCCAAAGUCUUAACCGAGCUGAGGCGACAGAUUAACACAGACCCACAAGCUCUAGUUGCAAAAGAUCCUGAAAUUCUAGUGAUUGUGAUGCUGUUGUGUCUUUUUGAAAUUGUGGAUCAUUGCGAUUCGCAGUGGAUUCUGCAUCUCCAGGGAGCCAAAGAUAUCAUUCGACUGCGAAGGAAACAACAACAAAUAUCACCAAGUUCUUCCGCCGGUCGUGAAGAUACGGUAUCCGAAUUUGUGGAACUGUUCUUUGCUUUCCAAGAUGUAAUGGGGCGUACGGCCUGCGCAAAGGCUGAUUUAUUCGGAGCCAGCUACUGGGAUGAGAAUGACCCAAUCAUUGACGGGUGGAUGGGCUGUAGUCCGGCUCUUGUCUCGAUCUUGUUUGCAAUCAUGGACCUUAGUCGAUCACGACGUCUCAUGGUGUCAGAUUCGGCCAAGACGGAUUUCAACGUCAAGGCUUCUUCGUUGAACAGAAAGCUGCAGUGUUUAGUUCAACAGCCCAACGUCAAUGUUGAAGACCGAACCCUUCAGAAUAUUGCAGAGCUUAAGAAGCUUACUUGCUACGUCUAUCUUCAUUGUGCUCUAUAUGAUGGUAAACCGACUGACUGGAUGAUCAAGAGCCAUGUGCGAGAAAUUCUCAAAGGGAUCGUCGAUCUUAUAGAUCGAGACUCAGUUUCGCAUGUUAUUUGGCCGCUUUUCGUGGCAGCCGUGGAGUUGGAUCCCCUUGAUCUUGAGCUCUGGUCAGACCCAGACACCGGGGUUACCACAGACGGGAGAGUACUUGUGUUGAGUUUGCUUGCCAGGAUUGCCAAAGUCAGCGUCUCUAGCGUUUCUCGGACACGUUCUGUCAUCGAGCAGGUCUGGCAAACUCGGGACUUUAAUAUUUCCAAGGCUUCUGGGUCUGGUCGUGCACCUUCCUCUGACUUGAAUGACUGGGAACAGUACGUUGUACCAGUAAGCGACGCACUAAGCCUAGUCUGA